UCGCGCCGGCGAAACGAAACGAUUCCCCCCCCCCGCAGCGCUGUCGACAUCAUCACUCUGCCCCUUCAGCCACCACAACCCAUCUCGACGAUGAACGACGCCUCUCGUCCGCUGCCGUGGUCGCCAGAUAGAUUCUCUCGCCACCAACGAGGAGAACAUGACGACGACGACGCCGCCGCCGCCGACGCUGCCAUGCUCCCCUACCUCCGCCACCAACCAAAGUCCCUCUCGGGCAUCGCGGCCCGCUCCUUCUGCCUGGGCAUCGCGUUCGCCGUGGGCGUGACGGGGACCGUCGCGAUCCUCGUCCUCACCGCCUCGCCUCUCUGGCGCCUCCCCUUCUUCCUCGCCGCCCUCGCCCUCUUCCACUUCCUCGAGUUCUGGACCACGGCCGCCUACAACACCCGCGCCGCCGACGUCCACUCCUUCCUGCUCACCUCCAACUGGCCCGCCUACGCAAUCGCCCACUCCUUCGCCUCCCUCGAGUGCCUGCUCACCAGCCUGCUCUGGCCCCCCGCCGGCGGCGGCGGCGGCGGCGGCGUCCUCGCCCGGCGCGGAGCCGUCCCGCUGGUGGGCGCGGGGCUGGCGCUGGUAGUGCUGGGCCAGGCGGUGCGCAGCGUGGCCAUGAUCCACGCCGGGCAGAGCUUCAACCACGUGGUGCAGUACCGGCGCCGCUCCGGGCACGUGCUGGUGACGACCGGGGUCUACGGCCUGCUGCGCCACCCGAGCUACUUUGGCUUCUUCUGGUGGGCGCUGGGCACCCAGAUUGUCAUGGGGAACCUGCUGAGUUUGGUCGGGUACGCGGUUGUGCUGUGGAAGUUCUUCAGCAGCCGCAUCAGGAUCGAGGAGGACUACCUCGUCGCCUUCUUCGGGCAAGAGUACGUCGAGUAUCGGAAGAGGGUGCCCACCUGGAUUCCAUUUGUUCCCUAGGCCCUUUUUUUUUUUCCCUCCGUUGAGGAAUGAGGCGAAGCUUGUGUUAUAAUUACAAACGAAGGAGGUAGGAAAUAGGACGAGGUCAUGAGUUGAGUUAAGGGAAAGGGUCUUAAGAAUCUGGUAUUUUCUAGAUUAUAUACCGGCAUCUCCCGCUAUCCAACCUGCGGGCCGUCGUGAACCUGUCCAAACAGGGGCUAGGCAACCCCCUUCCCUCUUCCCCAUCUAUAGUGGCGCCGUUUUUUCAGUCAUGACCGAUUGACCAAAAGUAACAAACAAGGCCAAAA